AUGGUACCGUUCAAUCCAGACAAAGACAUUCCGGACCUCUCAGGCAAGGUCAUCCUCGUGACCGGGGGGAAUGUUGGCCUGGGCAAGCAGACCAUCCUGCAGCUCAGCAAGCAUAACCCAGCACACAUCUUCCUCGCCGCGCGUACAGAGUCCAAGGCCCUGGCCGCAACUGAGGACAUACGCAAGGCCGUACCGGACGCGGCGCCCAUCACGUACCUCAACCUCGACCUCACGUCCUUUGAUAGCAUCAAAAAGGCUGCCAUGGAUUUCCACGCCCAGUCGCAGCAGCUCCACAUCCUCAUCAACAACGGUGGCAUCAUGGCCACACCGGCUGGUACCACCAAAGAGGGCUAUGAGAUCCAGUUCGGCACCAACCACGUCGGCCAUGCUCUCCUCACGAAGCUCCUCCUCCCCACCCUCAAGAAGACGGCCGCGGCUACCACCCCGCCCCAGGACGUCCGCAUCGUCAAUCUCUCCUCCUCCUUUGAGAAUAAAGCGCCCGCCACCAACAUCUACGAGUUCGACAAGCUCAUGACAGACAUGGCAUCCACCCCGACAUUCGUCCGCUAUGGCAUCUCAAAGAUCGCCAACAUUCACCACGCCCGCGCCCUCUCCCGCCGCCACCCCGAGAUCCGCUCAAUUGCCGUGCACCCAGGCGUCGUCAACACCAAUCUCACGAACGGCCCGGCUGCUAGUUGGCCUAUUAUGAGGCUCAUCCUACCCCUGGCUGGUUUUUUUUCUACCAACGUGUGGAACGGCACUAAGAAUCAGUUGUGGGCUGCUGUCAGUCCCGAUGCUAAGUCGGGCGAGUUCUACUAUCCCGUCGGUGUCACAGGCAAGGGGACUAAGCAGUCGGGCGAUAAGGCUCUUGAGGAGGCGCUCUGGGACUGGACCGAGAAGGAGCUCGAGGGUCAUGCGUGA